CUUGGGUGUAUGCUUCUUCUGGGCUCCAAUCCUCUGUUUGACGGCCAUGUACGGACACCGACCUCGCUUUCGCCCCCCUGCUGGCCGGGGUCGCGGGUCGGCACUGCCUUCGGCGCCAUCUCCGAAUUCGAACAUCCCCUUUCCAACCUACAACUAUCAGCCCCAAAACCCCUCUCUCUCUCAACCUUUUGGCCCCUUCUUCCAAAUCCCCAACUUUCCUCCCCAAAAUCCCAACUUCCCUUUCCAGAGCCCCAAUUUCCAGCCCCCCAACACUGCGUUCCAACCUCAAAAUCUCCCUUCUAAGCCGAAAGAAACUCUAGAGAGGAUAGAGAGUGUUGUUGCAAAGGCUCGUAGCAAUAUUCUGGCCACAGGAGAGAGUGUUUCGGCUUGGAAAGUGUCUCAGGCCGCGCUUUUGAUGCUCCAGGCUGAUUCAUGGAACUCGUUGGGGUUUCAGAUGCGGGAGGUUCCUUCUCUUCACCGCCUUAUGGUCACAGAGGGAAAGACUAAUGAUUUUAUACACUGCUUUGUUGGGGCUCGGAGAAUUACUUCAUUGUAUGAUUUGGAAGUAUCAAUUUGCAAGAAUGAGGGUGUUGAGAAAUUUGAAGAGCUUGAACUUGGUCCCUUGGUACGACAUCCGCUUAUUGUACAUUAUUUUUCAGUUAGUUCUCAUGCAGCUGGAGUGUUCAGGAUAACUACGGAGGAGAUAAUUUCUUACCUUUGCGAGUUCAUGGACAAUCGGAAAACUAAGGCUGUUAAGGCUGAAAAAUUUCUGGACUUUAUUGCCAAGAAGCUAUCAAUUGUGGGCAGGGAAAAGCUUGGUGUGCGAAUUCAUAACUUGGGGGUGCACAUUGCUUCUAUCCAGGAAGCCAGGAAGAUAGAAGAUAUGACACUAUAUAAAUGUACUAAGGAAUUGAAAGAGAAAUCUGAUAAAAGGAGUAGGAAACGCCCUCUUCUUUCUUCACAGAAAAGGCAGCUGGAUGAGCGUUUCAGUGCUAUAUCUCAACGUAUCGAAUCUUUUUCUUCAGAACAUGAGAUUUUUUGUGGCAAGCAUAUAAGAUUUAUUUCUUCCAGCUCAGAGGAUGAUGAUAGUGAAGAGGAUGGAUAUGUAGAUAUAAAAGAUGGCAAGGACGUGGGCAGUCACUGCAAGUCCUCGUUGAAAAACAUAAAAAAGUGCGACAAAGUGAGUAGCUGUCCUUACCCAUCAGCAACUGAGGAGAUGAUGCGGCUUGGGUUGAAAGUCGAAGCAGAUAAUGCCCUUUCCACUAAUCACAGCCUAGGAAACUGCGAGAGCAAUAGGAGACCUAAAAAGAAAAGAAAAUCUGAAAGCUUAAGUUGCACUCCUUCUGCUCGUACAAAAUUGCCUAAAAGAAAUGAGAUAGAUCAAGAUCUGGUAGGAGUGGACAGUGGUGCUGGUAAGUUCAAGGAGCUUAGCAAUCUGAAUGAACCUACUCUUUCUAUUUCUGACGAUUAUUUAAGGAUCUUCAUCACGACCUGGAAGGAGGCAUGUCGGGAGCAUUCUGUAGUUGAGGUUUUUGAGAGGAUGCUUCGGUUCUAUAACAUAUCAGAACAACACAGAAAGAGGGUUCGGUCAAUAUUUGCAUCAUAUCCAUAUUUUGGAUUACUAAAUGUUGCUGUGACAUCUAUCAAGUGUGGAAUGUGGGAUAGCAUCUAUGAUGCCUUUCAAGCCAUUGGUCAACGUGCAACCACUCACACAGUUUUUGAGAAUCAUUCUGAAUAUGAGUGCAUAGAUGUUGAGCCAAGUGAAAAGGAUGCGAUAGUCAUAACUAAAGACAGUGCAGAGCAUGGCUGUUGUGUUCCUGUCGAAGAUAUUGUCAGUAGAAUCACUGCAUAUUUUGAGCUCGACAAUGACAUUCCAUGCUGUGGGAAAUCAACUCUGGAGAAGAAAUUUAUUUUCUUGAGGAAGCUUUGUGAUUGUGAGGGUUGGCUGAAAGAAAAAUUUUCUGUUAAGGAAUUUAAGUGUCUUGGUUAUGGUGAAUUUUUCUUGUUUCUAGAAAAAUAUGCUUCUAUUCUGCCUAGUGAACUUCUUAAGUGCUUGAUUGGUGACUUUUGUGAGAAGUUCCCUUUGGAGGUUUGCAUGCUCCAGCAUCAGCUGGUUGUUUUUCUGGCACAAGCUUCAAAUAGCUUAUGGGAAAAUGACACUCUGAGUAAGCAGAAGAUCUCGAUGCUGCUUCAGCGGCAGUUCCCUUUAGUCAGUUUCAAAGUAGUGGAAUAUGGUUCUCUGGAGUAUCUUCUAGAUAUUGUGAGGGAGCAAAAAAAUAAGGCAAUUUCCAGCUGUGUCCUAUUUUCUUUAACAUUGUUAGGAAUAUGCUAUGGUGGAGAGUCUUUGGCUCAUAAUGAGAAUGAAAUUUUGGGAACCAAUGAGUUCAGAACUGAUGGAUGCUCUAAAACAGGGAUUACGGGUCCCGUUACGUCCAAGGAUGCAAUUGAAGUCUUACUUAGGGCACCAAUGUUGUCAGAUCUACUCUUGUGGUCUCAUUGGGAUCUUAUAUUUGCUCCCUCUCUUGGUUCUCUCGUAGAAUGGUUAUUGAAUGAUGUGAAUAUCAAAGAAUUACUUUGUUUGGUUACAAAAGAUGGAAAAGUUAUCCGGAUUGAUAAUUCAGCUACUGUUGAUUCUUUCUUGGAAGUCUUACUUCAGGGAUCUUCUUUCCAAACAGCAUUGAAACUAUUAUCUUUAUUUUCAUUAUUUGGUGGAAUUAAACAUGUUCCCCUAGCCCUUCUAAAAAGCCAUGCAUGCCUGGCAUUUGAAGUCAUUCUGAAGAAUUCUAUGGAAAGUAUGGAGGUAAAUGACAGCCAGAACUUCCUCAUGCAAAGAAAAGCAUUGCAUGGAGAGCAAGUCCUGAACAAAGAUGCCAUUGGUAACUUGGGCAGUAAACAGCGCAAAAAUGUUGAUAGAAUAAACAAAGCGACGUCUGUUGCGUCAAGCUUUAUCCUUCAGUGUCUUGGAUAUCUACCUUCAGAAUUCCGUAGUUUUGCUGCUGAUAUAUUGCUUUCUGGGGUGCGAUCUGUUAUCAAAGAUGCUCAUUCAGCCAUUUUACGUGAAUGCAAGAAACCAGAAGAACGCCUCAUGCUUCAUGAAGUGGGACUGUGUCUUGGUAUAGUGGAGUGGAUUGAUGAUUACCAUGUUUUUUGUUCCGUAACUGUUACUGAUUCAUCCAUAUCCUUUGGGGAUUCUCAGUUGGAAGCUGCAAAUCCUGAGUUUGGUACGUGUUCCGGGCAUCUGGAAGAUUUAUCUGAUAGUUUGCCAUAUUUUGAAAGGAAAAUAAUUUCUGGUAGCACAGAUGGGUGUAAGGAAGAAUGUAUUGAAGUUUGUCCGAGUAUUGAUGCUGUGGGUGUUUCUGGCGACAUAUCUGGCACUGUUUUCACAAAGCAUUUAUCUGGACUUGAUGAAAACAAGGAUGCUUCCCUAGUUAUUGAAUCUAUCAGGCGAGAUGAAUUUGGUCUGGAUCCUAGUCUUUCAAAUUUGGAGUGUAGCAUGUUGAAGAAGCAGCAUGCUCGCUUAGGAAGAGCGCUCCACUGUCUUUCACAAGAAUUAUAUUCUCAUGAUUCUCAUUUCCUUCUUGAGUUGGUGCAGAAUGCCGAUGAUAAUAUCUAUCCAGAAAAUGUGGAGCCGACACUGACAUUCAUUCUUCAGGAUGAAUGCAUUAUAGUUUUGAACAAUGAGCAAGGCUUUUCUGCUCAAAAUAUCAGAGCACUGUGUGAUGUGGGGAAUUCCACAAAAAAAGGAUCUGCUGCUGGAUAUAUAGGGCAGAAAGGCAUUGGCUUCAAAUCAGUAUUUCGGGUUACAGAUGCUCCGGAGAUUCAUUCCAAUGGAUUUCAUGUCAAGUUUGAUAUCAGUGAGGGCCAGAUUGGUUUUGUUUUGCCGACUGUAAUAGCUCCCUGUGAUAUUAACUUGUUUAGAAGGUUGGUGUCCAGUGACACUGACCAGGUGGAGGAGCAGAACUGCUGGAAUACUUGCAUUGUGCUUCCAUUUAGAUCGAAAUUAUCUGAAGGAUCUGCCAUGAACAAUAUCGUAUCUAUGUUUUCAGAUCUUCAUCCGUCUUUGUUACUUUUCCUUCAUCGCCUUGAGUGUAUUAAGUUUAGGAACAUGGUCAAUGAUUCACUAAUUGUCAUUAGAAAAGAAAUUGUAGGAAACGGGAUCAUAAAGGUUUCACAUGGGAAAGAGAAAAUGAAUUGGCUUGUCGUGUCACAGAAACUGCGGGCUGAUGUCAUUCGCCCUGAUGUGCAAACAACAGAAAUUGCCAUUGCAUUUACAUUGAAUGAAACAGAUAAUGCUGAUUACAAGCCACAUGUGGACCAGCAGCCUGCUUUUGCUUUUCUUCCACUUAGAACAUAUGGUCUAAAAUUUAUUCUCCAGGGUGAUUUUGUUCUUCCCACAUCCAGAGAGGAGGUAGAUGGAAACAGUCCCUGGAACCAGUGGUUAUUGUCAGAGUUCCCUGCUUUAUUUGUCGGUGCUGUGAGGUCUUUUUGUGCCCUUCCUUGCUUUCAGGAGAAUCCAGGAAAAGCUGUGGCAGCUUAUAUGAGCUUUGUUCCACUUGUUGGGGAAGUACAUGGCUUUUUUUCUAGUCUUCCGAGGAUGAUUAUUUCAAAAUUACGCAUUUCAAGUUGUUUGCUUCUAGAUGGAUAUAAUAAUAACUGGGUUCCUCCAUGCAAGGUUUUAAGAAAUUGGAAUGAGCAAGCUCGCUCUCUUUUACCGAACGACUUGCUUCAUGAGCACCUGGGCCUUGGUUUCUUGGACAAAGAUAUAGUUCUGUCUGAUGCUUUGGCAAGGGCACUAGGUAUCGAGGAGUAUGGGCCAAAAAUAUUACUCCAGGUUAUGUCAUCAUUGUGCCAUACUGAAAAUGGCCUCAAAUCUAUGGGACUCGGUUGGUUAUGUUCUUGGUUAAAUGCUCUUUAUACCAUGUGCUCACAUUAUUCUGGACAAUCCUCCCUAAAUUGUGAGAUGGAAUUGGAUGUCAUAAAUAAUAUGAAGAAAAUUCCAUUUAUUCCUCUUUCAGAUGGUACGUAUGGCUCUGUUGACGAAGGUACUAUUUGGUUACAUUCUGAUGCCUUCAGCAAUGGGGAGCAUGGAUUGAAAGCUUUCCCAAAUUUAUGUGGUAAACUUCGGAUUGUUAGUCCUGCCCUUUUUUCUGCAGCGCCUGUUGAUAGCUCUUGCAUGGCUGAGAGUUUAGUAGACCACCUCACUAGGAUGCUUCAUAAAAUUGGUGUCCAACAGUUGACUGCGCAUGAAAUUGUGAAGGUGCAUGUGUUACCUGCUGUAUCUGCUGACAGAAUUACAAAUAUGGACAAAGAUUUGAUGACAGAAUACCUAGCCUUUGUCAUGCUCCACCUACAAUCUAGUUGCACCAACUGUCGUGUUGAAAGGGAAUAUAUAAUCUCAGAGUUACGAAAUAAAGCUCUUAUUAUUACAAAUCAUGGCUACAAACGACCUGUUGAGGUAUCAAUUCAUUUGAGUAAAGAAUAUGGGAAUCAUAUCGAUAUAAAUAAGUUGAUUAGUGCAACAGAUUUAAAAUGGCAUGAGGUUGAUAUCGCCUAUCUGAAGCAUCCUGUUACUGAGUCACUAUCAUGUGGGGUUGUGAAGUGGAGGGAAUUUUUCAAGGAAUUAGGCAUCAUUGAUUUUGUACAUGUAGUUCAAGUUGAGAAACAUGUUGCUGAUAUGCCAAAAGUUAUGAAAAAUAUGAUCCAGGAAGGACACCUGAUUUUCCCUGAUUCAGUUGUUAGAGAUUGGGAAUCACGUGAAUUGCUUGAUUUGCUAUCCCAACUCUCCUUGAAUAGUGAUAGGGAGAGGUGUAAGUAUCUCUUGGAGGUAUGUGAUACAUUGUGGGAUGAUUGUUUUAGUGACAAGGUUACAGGUUACUGCUAUUUAAAAUCCAGCGGGGAUGUCAAACCCUUCAAAUCUUCAUUUAUAAGCAGUAUCUGUGAUAUUAGAUGGAUAGCUUCGAGUAUAAAUGAUGAACUUCACUAUCCUAAAGAUGUAUUUUAUGAUUGUGAUACUGUGUGCUCUAUUCUGGGUUUGACUGCUCCAUAUGCUGUACCAAAGGUGAGGAAUGUAAAGUUGUUAAGUGAUAUUGGGUUUAAGACUCAAGUAACUGUUGACAGUGCUCUGGGGAUUCUUCAAUUGUGGAGAAGAUCUGGGGCCCCCUUCAAGGCAAGCAUAUCACAAAUGUCCAAAUUUUACACAUUUAUUUGGAAUGAAAUGACUAGUUCAAGGCAGAAAAUUAUGAGAGAGUUCUGUUCAGGACCUUUUAUAUUUGUUCCAUAUACAUCCGGUUCUCAGCAUGAGGAUGUUGUAUCUGGCAUGUUUUUGCCCCCCGAAGAGGUAUAUUGGUAUGACUUAACUGGUUCAAAGGAUCAGUUGGAGGUCAAUUUGCAGCACAGAUUUAUAGGCGCAGCAAAUUCUCCCUUAAACAAGACAUUGUGCAAUGUAUAUCCCGGGCUUCAUGAUUUUUUUGUGAAUGAAUGUGGAGUACAAGAGAUCCCCUCUUUCCGUAGCUAUCUUCAGUUUUUGCUACAGUUGUCCUCUAUAGCUUUGCCAUCACAAGCUGCUAAUGCAGUCUUCCAAAUUUUUGUGAAGUUGGCUGAUGGACUGAAAUCUGGAUUUGCAAGUUCUGAAGAUACUAUUUACUUGAAAGAAUGUCUUUUAAAAUCAGAAUUUACGGUCCUCCCCACUAUAACAGAUAGGUGGGUUUCCCUCCACCCAUCUUUUGGCCUUGUGUGUUGGUGUGAUGAUGAGAAAUUGAGAAAAGAAUUUAAGAAUUUGGACAAUAUUGAUUUUCUAUACUUUGGCAAACUUGAUGAGAAAGAGAUGGUUCUGGAAGGAGUGUGUAUCCUCUUGCAAGCACUGGGCAUUCCUGCCCUUUCUGAGGUUGUAAUUCGAGAAGCAAUAUAUUAUGGUCCAGCAGACAAUAGCUUCAAAGCUUCAUUGGUGAACUGGGCUCUUCCUUAUGCUCAGCGUUACUUAUAUAAUGUACACCCCAACAAAUAUUCACAACUCAAGCUAUCUGGCUUUGAAAAUUUGUGUCAUCUACAAAUUAUUGUCGUUGAAAAGUUGUUUUAUAAGAAUGUUAUAAAGAGAUGCAACAUUGCAUCUAACAAGCGAUUUGAAUGUAGCUCUCUUCUGCAGGGUAACUUCUUAUACACAACCAGGGAGUCGGAUUCUCACUCAGUAUUUAUGGAGCUUUCUCGUUUAUUUUUUCAUGGUCUUCCCGAAUUACACUUUGCGAAUUUCCUUCAUAUGAUCACAACCAUGGCAGAAUCAGGUUCCACUGAGGAUCAAACUGAAUUUUUUAUCCUGAAUAGCCAAAAAAUUCCUAGGCUUCCUGAUGAAGAAUCAGUUUGGUCCUUUCCAUCUCUGCUGUCACCGGUGGUGAAUGCACAGACACUCCUAGAAAGUUGUGGUUCGACAUUAGUCAAUGAUUCCAAUCCAUUAAGAUCUAAUGAGAAACCAAGAAUCAAUUCAAAUUGGCCACCUGCAGAUUGGAAAACUGCACCAGGUUUCAGUUAUGGUCGUUCAAAUGGUCUUAAGACUGGGGCAGCAAUUCAGCAGCCUAGCAGCAUCUCACCAAAAGAAGGGCAUGAUUAUGAAAGUAUUGUCGUGCAAGAUAUGAAUGCCAAUUGCACUAUUGAAGAUGAUUUAGCUGCAAAUUUGACGGGAGUGAAUUUUACACAUAUGGAAACAUUGGAGCAGCAGCCUGGUGAUGCUUGCAGUCUAACCAAUUUUAGCACAGAUUUUGUAUUUGAACCUCCUGUUGUAGUUCCAGACACAAGCUCACCUAAAUUUGUCCAGAGAGAUCAGCUUUCUUUUGGCACAUCUGGUGGAAAACAAGCGUGGUUGACUGGGAGACUGGGAGAGUUUGUUGCUUUCAACUACUUCUCCGGGACAGUUGGCGAGAAAAUUGUUAAUUGGGUCAACAAAGACAAUGAGACUGGCUUACCCUAUGAUAUUGUGAUAGUGGAUGAAGAGAAGAGCAUGGAAUUCAUAGAAGUUAAAGCAACCAAAUCUGCUAGGAAGGAUUGGUUCAAUAUAUCACCGAGAGAAUGGCAAUUUGCAGUUGAUAAGGGUGAAUCUUUCAAUAUAGCACAUGUUCUCUUAUCGAGUACAAAUGCUGCGAAAGUCACAAUAUUUAAGAAUCCCGUAAAACUAUGCCUGCAAGGCCAGCUGCAAUUGGUUGUUAUGAUGCCAAAGCAGCAGAAGGAAAUUUCCAUGGUUAGCUGAAAAGUUGCUGAAUUUACAGGAGUCUGCUGUAGGAUUUUGUUAUGAUUCUAAUUGGAAUGCAUUUAUUGGAUGCCUUUGCGUGGAAUCUUCUUAAUGAAGGCUCCAGUCAACAUUUGACACCGCAGGAUUGUUUUUCCAACAAUGCCUCCAGUCGGCAUGUGGGUAGGAGAAGACACUUAUUUGAUGCUGUUUCUUUUGAGCAUAGGCUCCAGUCAACAUCAGACCAUAGUUUUUGUGGCGAUAAGAUGUAUAGAGCACUUCUCAAAAUUUAUACCAAUAGUUAUAAACUUCACAACAUUUUUUACAGCAUCAGCUUCUUAGUUCUUUAAAUCAGUGACAUCUUGGGGGGCAGCUGAUGAAAUGUAAUUACGAUUUGUACAGUAUUUUCCUGAAGAUGUAGGGGCAUGAAGCUACUAAUGAAAUGCCAUUGUUAGAAAUGAAUGGAUUUCAAAUUAUAUUCGUGUUUAUAUUUUCGGUGGUUUUUGUUAUUUAAACAGAACUCCAUCUGAACGCCUACUAACCAGGAACCAAGAAUGUAAUUGAGUUCACAAUCUUGUCAUUAUUUUCAGUAAAACAGUUUUUGUAUUCUAGUUACGGAUGCUCUGUUUCGGUCUGUCAUUUUCCAUGUACAUGUAUAUUCAAUAUGCAUUAACAGAGUGAAUUGUUGUUGA